CAUCCUUGCCGGUUCACACAGAGAUGCCGCUUCCUCCCCGCAGAAACAACCAGAAGCAUCGUGGAACAUACGAGAAACCUCCUUCGAUUGCUUACAAAUAGCGAACGUUGUCUCCACUUUUUUCAGACCAACAAUGAGUUGCAGCAAGGUUCAAAAACAGCUACCUCAUCAGUUUUGCACGCAAUCGAAACUGAUAAGCAAGCACCGAAAAGGGAGGAAGAUGAGGUCGAUGUUGAAUGAAUGCCCAAGCGUUUGCGGGAGCCGACGGAGCAGCAUAUUCAACCCAUUCUCUUCAGGCUUCCCCGUUUGGCUGCCGUUGAAGGAGUCCGCAGCUUCCUCGUGUUCGGAGCUGCAGGUGAACUCCCCGUGCUUGGACUGGAAGGAGACGCCAGAGGCUCACGUGGUUAUGGUGGAUCUUCCUGGGAUUCAAAAGGAACAGGUUAGGGUGGAAGUGGAGGAUGAUAGAGUUUUAAUUAUUAGCGGAGAGUGGAACGUGGAGAAGCCGGAGGAGGAGGAGACGUGGUGGCACCGAAGGGAGCGAAGGAGGGGAAAGUUCAGGAGGCAGUUGGGGUUGCCGGAGAAUGGGAAGACGGAGGAAGUGAAAGCUUCAAUGGAGAAGGGAGUUCUCAGAGUGUUCAUCCCCAAGGAAGAAGUGAACAAGAAGGAUGAAGUGAAGAAGGUUGAGAUCGAUGGCUGAAUUGAUGGGCUAUAUACUGCCUAAAUUGGAAUGCUGUUGCUGUACAUCUUGACUUCUUGUUAUUAAUCUGCGUGGUGUUUGUGUAAUUUAUAUUAAGUUUAUAGAAAGGGUCUAUAGUAUGGUGAUUUUGAAUAAUGAAGGCUAGCUAGUUCAGACAGCAGGCAUGCCAAAUUAAAGAAUUUCUUUAUUUAUGUAAUGUUUUCUCAUGCGUUAUAAUAUAUACAUAUACAGCAGUAUAUAGCUCUCUAAAUAAACGGUGCAUUCUGGUCU